AUGACUAAAUUUGCACAAGCAGUGGCCCGCGAGGACAUUCUCCAGACCAGGAGAAAUAAUUCCGAGGCAUGGAUGGACAAUUAUACCAUGAACCAGUAUCUUGACCGGGACAUGACGCUGGAAAACAGCCACAAGGCCAACGGGCUUGUCUUCCGCACCUGGAAACUCGAGGACGACCAGGGCACCAUUGUCAGUGGGUGCGAGAGUUUGCAGCGUCCUGCCUAUCGCAAAGCCAAGGGAGAGCAAGGCAAGGAAGUCACCGAGUUCGUGGUGGCCAGUGUUUUUACCCCCAGUGCUUAUCGGGGCAAAGGAUAUGCAGCUGAGCUGCUUUCCGGGGUAACUGCAGAGCACGGAAAAGACGGAAUCGUUACAUUGUGGUCAGAUGUUGGCAAUUAUUAUGCUAGAUUCGGCUACAAGCGUGCGAAUUGCGAUCAGUUCCAUGCAAAACCCGCCAAGACCACCGCCAAAGGCGUCACUUUGGUCACUAAAGACCAGGCGGUGCAGAAGCUUCUGCCCAGGCAUGUCACCCAAGUCAAGACCACGGUGGACGAGCUUGUUGAGGCUGACGGCAAGACCCGUUUUGCUGUUGUCCCGCACAAGGGAAUGUACGAACAGCUCUUUGUUCGUGCCGAUCAUCACCGCAGCAGCAUGAACCAGGCCCCCGUUACUUCUUAUGGCGCCGUCACUAAAAAUGCCUGGGCCGUCUGGGCACCCUUCUUUGGCAGCAAGGCUUUGUACAUUGUUGGUAUGGAUGGUCCUGUGGAUGAAUUGGUCGAACUCUUCAAGGCGGCUUUGAACGAAGCCGAGGCCUACGGUAUCGAUGUCAAGGUUUUCGAGGAAACAUUGAGCGAUCCCGACGCCUUUGCGACUGCCCUGAAAGAGGCCAACAUCGACUUCGAGUUUGGCGAACGUACAGAUUCCUGGCCCAUGUUUGUCGCUCCUGAGGACUGUGAGUGGGUCUGCACCGGAAAGUACGGCUGGUUCUAA